CGGGGAGCCGGCUGACGGACAUUUACGGCCGGGGGAGCUUAUAAAAGCCUUGGCUCGCCGGGCCGGUGGCCAGACAGCUCCCGGGCCGGGCUGGAGAGAAGCAGCGGCGGCGGAACAGACGACGGCUGUGGAUUUCUGCAUCUCGCAUUCACCGAGGGUCGAAGCCAAACCUUCCCCCCGGCCCGGGCAGGGAACGGACGCGUUCGGCUCCUCGAGGGAGCGGCCCGGAGACCGACCGCAGAUUCGGAUCUAGCGCAGCUAUGAGAUCGAGACUCCUGUUGGCGGUGGCCCACCUGCCCCCCAUCAGCGAACUGGCGGAGGAGUUGUCUCUGGGAGCUGCGUGUGCGAAGCGGGCCGAGACCUCCGGAGACCUCUUGGCCUCCCGCGACCUGGACGAAUACGUGCUGUCCAUCCGCCGGCUGGCCCAGCCCACCUCGGGCCCCGAGGAGGCCGCGGGUGGCCCGGUGCGGCCGGCCCGGGCCCACAGGACCAGGGGGAAGCUUCCGGCCCGCACGGCCUCCGCCAGACCCGGCGAGAAGGCCCGCCCGCCCCCGGCCGGGGCCGUCGCGGCUCCGCUGGCCGGGCGGCACCUCCCCGUCCUGACUCUGGCCGGCGGCGUCGACCCCUUGGACUGGCUCUUCGGGGAGUGGAGGCCCAAACGGCCGGCCGGGAGGGACGGUCCGCGGAGGAGCGGUCCGGCCUCCGCCGCCCCGGCCCCCCUCGGACAGGCGGAAGCGGGCAAGGCCGGGGGCGGCCCCAAGGACAAGGUCUGCGAGCCGAAGUGGUCCGGCAGCCCGGGGGCCGAGGCGUCGGACGAGCGGGAGCCGCAGGCCGAGAGGCGGACCGGAGCCCCGGGCCUCCACACGGCCCCGGGCUUCUCCGGCACCGGCCUCCACCCCGGGAUACCCCGGGCUGGCAGCUCACACCUGCCGGUCAUUUACGAACUAUGACCCCUCCCCACCCCCUCACCCCCUUCCUCCCUAAUAAACGCCUUUGUAAAUCACA